AUGUUUGAUGUGAACCCUUGGCAGACAAUUGAAAUGAGAUCGACCGCAUCCUUCCUCUACUCUAGGCUCGCCCAUUUCAGAACUGCAUCACCGUUGCGCGCUCUGAGUCUAAGUGAAGUGUUGGUCCUUCGGCAGCUUUUCAGCUUGUCAAUCGUCUUCAUCAUCGCCGGAAUCCAUCCUUUCUGCCAACAAUUCUCCGUCGGAAAACAAUCACAAGCGAGAACUACCAACCGGCAAAACGAGCGCGACGUGAUGUCUAAGCUACAAAUUACUGAGACGUCAAGCGUGGACGUAAUCCAGUCGAUCAUCAAAGACCUGUCCAUCAAGCCAUCACAUGAAGCAAUCAAGGUGCUCUUCAGCAAUAUCUCCUCCUCGAACGGAUCGGUGCGUGCCCAGGCUUUGGAGGCACUAGGUUUAGUCUUAUCUCGCCAAGAAAGUCACGGAACGGCUUGGUUUGAAAGCGCGCUAGAAUCUCUCAUGCAUUCCACCAAAGCUCUCGAGGUUUGCAAUGGCCUCGCUGCUCUUGCCGCUAUCUGGUCGAUUUCUCAAGACCACGCCCUCCACUUCAUCCAAACCGAAGGCUUUUUUUCGCGUCUUGCCAACUCGCUCGUUAAGCUUGCCGCGCUUGAUCAGAGCCGACCAGAAGAGGCCGACUUGAAAACAUUCAUUUCCGACUUUCUUGCGUGUUGCCUAGACUGCAAUUCACUCUGCGCAAAAAUUCAAUCAGAGUGGCCCGAAUGUUUGGAUUGGUUAACUGGGAUCUCUCGAGGCACCAGUCCUACCUCGGUCUCUAUUCCUGCCCGCUGUGGAGCGAUUCUGGCGUUACUGAAAUUGCGAAGAUCAAUGGAUCUCCAAUCCGCGCCGCCACCUUCAUCUGAUCAGCUUGUCGACAUUCUGAUGAUAUGCUUCUUGGGAAACAAGAAUCCUCCAGACUCGGCCAUCGAAAGUCUGGCGCUUCUCAGUGAGGAAGAAUCUGUCCGAAAAACAUUGAGAGAGAGGUCCGAAGCUUUUUUCCAAACUGCCAAAUCUCUCACACAAAGUGAUCGGGAUCACGAGGCCGGCCAAAUCAAGUUUACGCCCUCUCGAUCUUUAGCCUUUGGACUAGCGACCAUCAUCCUCGAUCUUGUAUCUUUUAAGGUGCUUACAAACGAAAUUCCAGCUGACGAUAAAGCUCGAAAGCAGCAGGAACGCAGAAGAAAACGUAUGCUAGUAGCGGAAAGCAAUUAUUUUCCCUUUGAUGCCCCCAAGGAGGAUAGAGAUAACGAAAAAUAUGACAGGGAGCUGUUGGCUUGGCUCCGGUCUACACUCGAACGUAAUUCCGACUUGAUCCAAACCUUGGCUUGGCUUUCGAAGACUGGCGAUGCAAGUCCACAACUCAAAGCCACUACUACCAAAGCGUGGCUGAACCUUGUUGAAUAUGACAACUGCGCAGAACUUGUAUCGAUAUCUGGGGGCCCAGAUAUUGUUGGAUAUCAUCAGCACCUACAAAUUCUCUAG